AUGACCUCCAACGGUCUCCGCCUCGCUCCCGAAAAAUUGGAGUGCUUGGUCCUUACCAAUAAAAAGGCCUACCGCAAUCCUGAUCUGCACAUUCAGGGAUGCCAUAUCACCGUCGAACGUGCAUUCAGAAAUCUUGGUGUUCGGUUUUACACUAGGCUGUCAUUCGUCGAUCAUGCGACUUCUGUGGCGGCAGGGGCAAGGAAGGCCGCAGCUGCCCUCGGGAGGCUUAUGCCUAAUGUCGGUGGUCCUUCCCAAUCAAAGCGGCAACUUCUUAUGAGCGUGGUCCAUAGCCGACUAUUAUACGGUGCCGAAGUUGGGGCGGAUAGCAUACUCGAAGUACAGAAGUCCAAGAACUCUCUUCUACAAGCGCAGAGGUGCUCGGCGCUGAGGGUGGCUAGAUGCUACCGCACAGUUGCAGAUAUGGCCUUGCUGGUUCUGGCUAGGAUGCCGCCGGUCUCCCUACUGGCGGAAGGCAGGAAGAGGACAGUGCUGGCAAGGAAGUCAGGAGUUAUGGUUUAA